AUGGAAACUUUUAUUUAUGAAUCAACGGAUAAUAAUGACGACUUCGUCGCAUGCGACGUCGGCGUCUUCAGCCGAUGUGACCUAAAAUUGUUUUCCAAAAAUACAUCAGACGGAGGAUUAUUUAAUUCAAAAAAUUUGCCAGAUUCCGAAAUAGUUUUCGAUAAUAUUGUCAAAAUUGGCACAACAAAGGUCUAUCACGGGAAAGCGAUUCAUUCGCAAGUUCUUGAUAGUUACUCGACUGCUAUUGAAUUGUGUCCUAUUACUUCGGAUAGUAAGGGUUUUGCGGCGCUUGUCGAUGCACGACCGACAUACGGCAUUUGUGAUAUUACCUGUUUAAUAUGCAACAGGCUUAAUAUAUCCCACUUAUUAUUAGGAUGGGAACCGCCUGCGACUUUGGAACAAGAUUCUUAUUCGUUUUCCUAUCAUCCACCAUGGGAGCUAAUAUCAAAAGCCUACGCUACACUAAUAAAAACACUGCAGUGGGAUAAAUUUACAUUUUUUUAUGAAGACGAUGGCAGUUUCUUACGACUUCAAGAAGUUAUCAAUUCCUGGCCAUAUAAUCGGGAACAGAUAUUGUAUCAGAAACUUGAUCCAAAUGGCGAUAACCGGGAGACAUUUAAACACGUGUUUAAGGUGGAGCAUAUGAGCUAUCACAUUAUAGAUUGUGACGUGAGAAAUAUAGAGAGAUACAUGGAGGAAAUUAUUAAAGUUGAAAAUUCGACACAAUACCUGAGCUUCAUAUUAACGGCUCUUGACGCGUAUACUGUGGAUCUUAAAUCAGUUCCAGAACUCAGAGCAAACGUUUCUACUAUGCAUUUAACAAAACCUAACGAUGAAAGUUGGAAAGACUUAGACGUGGACGUGCAAGACAGAUCUGUCAGGCUAGAAACUGCUUUGGCAGCAGAUGCUUUGUAUCACUUGGAUAAAGCUAUUAGGAGCUUGGGAAUAGCGACGGUCGAAGAUUCAGUUAGAUCACAACUAGUAAUAGAAGAUCCUCCGUCGCUAUGCUUCAGGGACAGUAGAGCGGAUUACGAGGCAGGGGCUUGGUCUUUAGGAUCCAAAUUGAGAGACGCUCUAUUAAAGACAACAUAUACAGGCUUCACUGGUACCAUAUCAUUUGACAAAUUUGGGAAACGAAAAAACUUUUUAUUGCAUUACUCAAAGCUGAGUACGGAGAGUCGUUUUACGUAUGUGGGUUACUGGGAAUCAAAGACGGAUGUGUUAGUGUCUCAAAUUGACGUCCCCGAACGAUCUUCCGUACGCUCUUCGAAAACUGCUAUACGGAUAGUGUCCAGAAUCGAAAGACCUUAUUUCGAAAUAGAUGAAACUAACGCAACUGCAACACCUCGAGGAUAUGUUGUCGACCUAGCACAUAAAAUAUUUGAAGAAAUAAAAAAGAAACUAAAUAUGAAAGAAGACUUUCUGUAUGAAUUCUACCGAGUCAAAGGUGAUAGUUAUGGGAAUCCCAUCGCUGGAACUAAGAAAUGGGAUGGAGUGAUUGGGGAACUUCUAGAACAUAAUGCCGAAUUAGCGAUAUGCGAUCUAACGAUUUCGUCAGAUCGUAACGCUGUGGUGGACUUUUCUACUCCUUUCAUGUCUCUAGGUAUUAGUUUACUAACUAGAGAGUCGGAACCUGUGGAAACAAAUAUGUUUUCAUUUAUAAAACCUUUGUCUUUAGAUGUUUGGUUGUAUUUAGCAACUACUUACAUCAUAGUUUCUUUUGUUUUAUUGAUUUGUGCUCGUAUGAGUCAAGGCGAUUGGGUCAACCCUCAUCCGUGUAACCAGAAUCCAGAAAAUUUACAGAAUAUUUGGAGUCUGUAUAAUUGUAUGUGGCUUACAAUGGGCUCAAUUAUGACACAGGGUUGUGACAUACUUCCUAGAGCUGCGGGUUCUCGAUGGGUUGCGGGAAUGUGGUGGUUCUUUGCUCUCAUCGUAACCGCGUCAUAUACGGCUAACAUGUCCACUUUUCUCAGUGCUAGUAGACGCAGCACUGAAAUCAAGGAGAUUAGUGAUCUUGUUGGCAAAACUGGUAUUGCAUACGGUACUCUUAAUAAUGCUUCAACCUACAAGUUCUUUGAGAAUACAAAUGACACCCUCUACAAAAAACUUUGGGGCGUGAUGAAAUCCGCCAAACCAACUGUUUUUACUACAAGCAACGAAGAAGGUCGAGAUCGUGUACAAAAAAGCGAGGGAAAAUAUGCCUUUUUUAUGGAGUCUACAUCCAUUGAAUAUUAUAUGCAAAAAUAUUGCGAUCUUAAAAUGAUUGGGAAGUUAGAUUCAAAAGACUACGGUAUUGCAAUGCCAAAAAAUUCACCUUACAAAAGUUUGAUUGAUAGUGCAAUUUUGGCCCUUCAAGAGUCAGGACAACUUUCUGAAUUGAAAAAGAAGUGGUGGGAGGAAGAAGAUAGUAAUAAAAAAUGCAAGAAAGAAGAAAACAAUGAAGACGACAAAGGAUCACUUCAAAUGAAAAAUACCAGUGGAAUAUUCUUGGUUCUCGCUAUAGGUGGUGUUAUAGGAUUAAUUGUGGCCGUUAUAGACUUCCUUCUACAUGCUAAGAAGAUUUGCGUCAAAGAAAGAGUGACGUUUAAAGAAGCGAUCGCAAGCGAGUGGCGUGCAUCCUUGAAUCCAAAAGUCUUACACAAACCCGCUGCUCCGCCUCGCUCUGCCGCGCCAUCUACAGCCACACCUUCCCCGCUACGAGAGCGCUCCCAGUCACGAGCCGUGUCAGUUCUUCGAGCUGCUUCAUCGUUUAUUAAUUUUGAUGAGAUUUAUUGAAAUUGUUACGUGUUAUGUAAAUUAAAAAAAUUAAAAUUAUUACUGUAU